GUUUACGGAAGUAAACGUAGAAACAACAUGGGCUACCAUUGUACCAACCAUUAAUCAAUCAUCCACAUUUUCAUUGUAGGCCUACCUCCGAAGCAACAGGAAUCGUGAAAGUACAGUAAAUAUCUAAGGUCCUAGGCCGGUAAAUCAUUUUAUGACUUAGGUACUACAUGAAAACAGAAUUUUAACACGGGUGCUAAUUUUUUUCAUGGCGGUGAAUACACAAGGAAACUGGUUUGCGUCUGGUUACCAUGGACACUUCAGAAGUCGUAGUAGGAAUGAUUUUGUAAAUGAAUACAGGAACCAAUCAAAACCUAGCCCUCCACAGAAAUUUUCAAAGUUAUUAAAGGAAAGACCAACCAUCCAUCAUUUUUCCAAGCAUGACAACAGGUUUUCCUUUCUCAACACUGUAGACUCAUUCCAAGAUGGUCUGGGCAAGAAGAAAGUACAAAGCAAUUACAAAAGCAGAUUUUCACCAGACUUCAUUUCAUGGGUACCGCAUAAAAAGGAAAUCAUAGAGGCCGGUCCUGCAUACUCUUCAUAUCGCGAUGCGUUCCGGCGAUCGCAAGGAGAAGUAAUUUCACAAAACCUCCUCCAUUCCGUAAAUAUUCCCAAGUCUUCCAACCUGAAUACAGUGCGCAGUGCACCUGCAUUAUACCCAGAAUUAGACGUCGAAAGUAAACCACUAACAACAUACAAUUUUGUCCACCAACAUCUGCAACCAAAUCCAAGCGUGAACACAAAUAUGUAUACGGGAAAGGUAAACGACGAACCUCCCCCAUUGGAAAAAUCAUUCGAAUUCAUCAACCCCCGGCAUAAAUCGAUUUAUGAUCGACCAAGAGAAGGUUUGACAAAUCUCCGACGGUCGCGCGUAAAGUCAGCACCAUUUAUGAGAACUACGGUUGCUGAUUGUCUUAAUUGGUACCGUGGACCAGAAAAAGAAACUAUUGAAUCGCUGGAUUACAGCAAACGUGCUAAAACUGCGUUUGAUUCUUGCAACACUGAGCAAGUUCCUAUGAACAGUACUCUGUCUGCAGGUGGAGAUAGACACCAGAGACCUGUACAAACUGUAGCAACUGCCCCAGUAACCGCGUCAGAAUUCAAUGGAAAUAAUAUCUCUACUACUUUAAACUUACCAAUGCGUGCUUUAAAAACAAUUGGUAAUGAGCCAGACGUGAAACCUUCGUCGACGAAAAGUACACAUUUUCAUGAAAAUACCUGUACUAGAGAGUCUAAUGAAACUUUCAACCAAUCAACAUCAUCGCAAUCAGUUGCUGCACUGGUUCAGUAAUAUUUUACAAGCAACUGAUUUUAAUGUGGAUCUGAAAACUGUAAAAAAGAAGAUUCUUGUACACUUGUAUAAUUUCUGGUUUAAAACCGUAUUGGACAUUUCCAAACUGGUCAAGAUUCUAUUUUAAAAUAUAUUUUUAUACUUACUUGAAAAGGGUACAUUUUUUAGUAUAACUUUAAUUUGUAGGUGCUUAUAGUCGCUUUGCAGGGGCGGAUUUAGGUGGGAGCGAGCUUGGAAAAGUAAAAAAAAAAAAAGGGGGAGAAAAAAAAAAGAAAGAAAGAAAAAGAAAAAAAUGAUUGCCUAAAACGCCUCAGAGGUUAUUUUCGGGUGUUUAGAAAACAAAAAUUUUGUGGGGGCAUACCCCCGGACCCCCUAUAGUGGUGUUAUCUCCAUCGGUCCAACUUUCGGCCCCCUUUCGCCCCCGCUUUUUCGACAUCCCUGGAUCCGCCCCUGCUUUGUAUAAAUGGGUUUUUAAUAUGAUAUUUAUAAUGUAUUCAUUUAAAUUUCAUAAGUUUUACUAAGGCAAUUAGAAGGCCUACCAUAAAUUAGGCCCACAAGCUUUUUCAGUAUACAAACAUCUAAUUAUGUAGGUAAUAUACGAAGGCUUAAUGUAUAAAAUGUUAACAAAAAAAAACAAAAAAAAAACAUCUAGUUUGCAUCCUAUCUAGAGAGGAACUGUAGCUUGGUGGUUAAGCUGCCUUCUUCUAAUCCCAGGGUUGGGUUUAAAUCAUGCCUGUUACACCAGGGUAUUUUCGCAUAAUUAAAAACAACUCCAUUCCAGUAGGCUUCAUAUUUAAUGAGGCUUCAUAUAACAUCAUCCCAUCAUGUAUUUUGUGAGUGUCCUCUCUGUUGUUAUAUGUGAAAUAAUAAUAAUAAUAAUAAUAAUAAUAAUAAGCCUCAUAUUUAAUGAGGCUUCAUAUAACAUCAUCCCAUCAUGUAUUUUGUGAGUGUCCUCUCUGUUGUUAUAUGUGAAAUAAUAAUAAUACUAAUAAUAAUAAUAACAAUAAUAAUAAUAAUAAAAACAGGAUUAUAAUGACAAUAUUUGUGUUAUUGAAGCAAAUAGUAUUUACGUAGGUCGUCACAUAGUUUGUUUUUACAUAAGAAUGUAUUACUUUUCUUGUGUAUUAUCAUCCCAGUUGGAAUUUAGUUUCGACUGGUAAUUGGCUUCGUGUUCUGCCUGGUUGGAUUUGGUAUGUUGAUUACCUUUUAGACCUUUAAAAUAAAUGGCUUUUAGAGAGUGUUUAGACCAAUCAAAAACAAAUAAAUUCCUUUGUAUGGUACAGAAAAUAAUAAAACAAACAAAAUAA